AUGAUUCAAGUACGGCCAGAGUUGGCCCCAGCGGGAAGAAAUUCGCUGCGCCGAGCGGAUAAUCCAAAGCCUCCGGUGUCGUUACAAAGGCUCGCCCGAAAGAAUUUAUGUGUUGACGACGAUGUUGAGGAUAUCUUCGGCCAUAUCCUUCAGUACCUUCACAGUGGGGACUACUCUGUCCUUGUUCCAGCAGCCGAUCAAUCGAGUCAUGUUGCAUGCGAAGAUGAAAUCGAUAUUGCAACGCAGGAUCUACUUCCCUUGAAAGAAAAUUAUUUUGCGAGUCAUACAGAUAUCCAGGUGAAGUCCGACAAUUCGAUAUCUUUGCCACAUUGUGGAGAUGGAAGCCACCUGUGCACACAUCCCAAGACACUGCUGGUGCAUGCUCGUUUGUAUGACUUCGCUGCUCGACAUGGAUUGGAGCAACUUCGAAAUAAUUUCCGUUGGAUUCAGAACACGCGGACGGAAUCGUCGAGCUUUUACGGGUUGCCAAUGGAAUAG